AAAUUAUCAGGGUCUGGUAUAUACAACGUUCCGAACACUUGGCGCGAACGCGCGUGCGUCGUACGCUUUAAGGAGAAUAAAAAAAAGUAAUCAUAACCUGUUCAUUGGCGACAUGGUAUCGAUACCUGGGGACGCUUUAUCGCCACCUUGCAAAAUGAGAGCUUAUCGAGUUAUCUUUCCCAUUCGUACGGCUGACUAAUCCAAUCGUGCCGAUACGCACGACGGGCCCGGGCGUACGGAAUUUGCCGCUUGUCUUCCGUAAAUCCCUCCGUCGCGUCGGGAUUGUGUAAUCCUUCUCGCGCCAAGUGGUUCUCUCGUUUCGAGUUUGCAGCAAAACCGGAAUCGUCCACGAUACCGUGAAGCGAUUUUUGGAGCAAAAUGGAUCGCGCUACCUGUUAGAGUAGCGCAAUCUUAUCAUUGAUAUGACUCGUUCGGCCUCGAGAAAGAUUUGGGAUCGUCAUUCGUGUUUGUUUUAGACGGCGAGUUCUGUGUCAAUAUUUAUUUAAGCAACAUAUAUCAUAGAAAUGUGAAGUGAACCUGCUAGCUGGGAAAAUGCCAAGACAGGAAUAUUCUGUAAACCCUGUGGCAAACACACUUUGCCACAGGAAAUCCACACGCUGUAUGAAGAUCCCAUUGAAGUCGACCGAGCAAAUAUAUCUAAUAUUCUUCAUACCAACACUGAUCAGCUGUUCCAUAUAUAUUAUUCACUUUGCUGCUGACUUAGUGGUAGCUAUUCAACACUUCAAGGAGGAAAAUCCAUUAUGGGGAAUGUCCACCCUCGCAAUUAUUUAUGCACCAGCACUUAUGUACUUUAUACUGACAGUCUCGAGGCCUGACUGGUGGAUGACGGAAGAUGAUAAGGUGACAAAAGGCGUUCUCGGCUGGUUUGCCCUACAAGUGUGUCAGUUCAUAGGAUUCGUAUUUUUCGUAUUAUAUAGAUACGCGGGACUCAUCGUGCUGUCUGUGGAUGCUAUAAAUUUAUCUGGAGAUGAGAGAGUUAAGACAUUGAAUGUCGCUGCGGCACCUGCGGCCAUCGAAUUGUACUUUUUCCUGCAGGCAUGGUUUCAAGCCGCUCCACAGGCGGUUUUUCAAACUCAUCUGCUCUUCAGACAGACCUCUGUCCCCCGUAGUUAUCAAUCAAUGACUGUACAGGUGCUCUGCAUCAUCAUGUCCAUUAUAGUAAUAGCCAUCAAGACAGCUUCUUUUCAAAGAUUUGAGAGCCAGCGUGUAAACGGCAGGAAACUACCCUGGGCAAUGUGGCUGAAAAAAUACUGUGUUGAGGAAUUUAAUAAUAUCAAGGAAAAAGCGCCGUUACAAGAUUCAUCUUUACCUGCAAAAGAGCAAGAAGACGCAAUGAACGCGCCAUCUGAGUCAACGCCGUUAGAGGAAAACCCGGCGGUUGCCGAAAACGAGCAGGAGCAGCAGAUUCAAUCGCACACGGCUUUGUUGAACCGUCAGGUUUCCGUGACUCCACCGUUACCACCGAAAAACGCACAAGUAACGCCGCCACCGAUGCCACUUCGCGGUAUAACGACGGUUCCAUCGCUUCCGGUGCCGGAUGCGCCGGCACCACCGCGUCCAGACUCCGUUUACACGGAGGAAGAGGCGGCAAGAACGGCGACGACCCCCGAGUCGAAUCAAAGACUGAUAGGCGGCAGCACACAGAGUCUGAAAGUUCCUAAACGAAAGUAUUCCGAGAAGGGCCUCGAAGAGGACGAUCCGAUAGGAAGGCUCUUGUCCUUCAUCUGGUGGUUCUUCUUCAUCCUGGCCCGCGUGUUCACCAUCGCCGUAGCCUACGAGUUCUAUCCUACCACCGUGCUGACCAUGAUGGGCGUGCACUACGCCGUUAUGUUGGCCUAUCUGUUUUACUACUCCAAGUAUUACGACGUGAUUACAAUCAUUGUCAACCUCUGGCUCGGUCUGGUCUACAUAUUCAGCCUGAUCGAGUAUCGGAUCAAGUUUAAGUAUGCCGACUGGUGGACAUUGCCGUACUAUAUAUUCGUGAUUGCGCAGAACGUGGCGUUGACCCUCACGUGGUACGUGCACGCCGACUGGACUGGGUUCUGGUACACCUACAUAUUUGGCGGGAUCCUCGGCAGCUUGGCGCUUUGCAUCCUCUCGUCCGGGGUGUACCACGCAAUGUUCCGGCCAAAGAAACGCAGAGUAUACAGCAGUUGACGAUCGUUGGAGGAGGCACUGCCUUUCAGAUAAGUCUUCUUCUGAAAAUCGUACUUCCGCUUUAACUUUUUCGUAUAGCGUGUAAAUAAAUUGUAGAUAUAUUCGAGAGAUUGAUCGAACUUUACGAAAAAAACAAGAUGUCUGAGCAUUGGCGGCUUUCUAUACUUUAUUUACACUUUAUAGACGUUUUGCAAUUUUUGAUAAAGCUUUAGACUUCUAGGUGUUCAAACGUUUCGAGAAUGUUUUACACAAAAGUAUAUCGUUUAUUAAACUUAUAUUUAUAAGCUAUUGCUGUAUUGUUACAUUUGACUGUCUUACACUAAUCAUAAAAUAUAUAGAAUGAUUGGUACAGAAAAAGACUUUUUAGAUUUUUAUGAUAAUUGUUAGAUUGGUGCAAAAAAACUUUCCAUGCCAAAUAAAUCUUGGAUAUAACAUUGCACAAUUAAUUUAUCAAUUAAAAUAAUUAUAAUACACUUUUUCAUGUCAAAAUUCUUUGAUGCUUUUUCUAAAAAAUUUUUGAUUUUAUUUAAAAGAUAUCUAAAAAAAAAAAAAAAAUUCUUGUACCAAUCUAAUACUUUAGGCAGCAUUUUACUAUUUGAGAAUAUAUUUUAUAUAAGAUUGAAAAGUAACGCAUUACACAAUCACUUAUAAUGCGUUGCUUCUCAACCUGUAUAAAAUACAUUGUCAAAUAUAUGUCGUUACCGUUACAGUUACUGUUUUUAAUAACAAAUUUGGAAUGGCGUUACUUUCGUCUUCACUAUUUGACAAUGUAUUUUAUACAAGGUUGAAAAGUAACGCAUUACACUCAUAAUGCGUUACUUCUCAACCUUGUAUAAAAUACAUUGUCAAAUAUAUACUGUUACCAUUACAGUUACUAUUUUGAAUAACAAAUUUGGAAUGGCGUUACUUUCGUCUUUUCGAAACUGUAACGAUAACAUAAUUACAUUUUUUCGGUAACGGUAACAAAUUUAACAGUUACUUUUUUAUAUUUUUAACUUAUUUUGUAACAUAAUUUUCGUUGUGUGCGUGUGUAUUCAAUCUUCAGUCUUGACUAAUAUUCACAGUCUGUUGUUAUACUUAAGAUUAUAGCUUUGUUUUUUAUAGCUGAACUUUUAUUACUCUGUACUUAAAAAUGAAAAUUAGUGAAAGAGAGAAGGAUGAAAGAGAAAAUUCUAGUGCAGUUCAGUAAAGCAAUAAAAAAUAAAUUUUAUCUUAAGAAUGUAUAAUCUAUACAAUCUCUGCAAAAAGUGGAAUUGAAAAUGUGUCAAUAUUUAUACUUUUUUUCGUAUAAAAUCGUUAUAUACAUAUGAAACUAUUCAAUAAUGUCGAUAUUUAUAUUUACAUAGUUUUAUAGUUUAUUUCCUUUAUUUGCUGUAAUUUUUUAUUUUUAUAAUAUUCUCGAUCGAAAAUUUUGAACGUGAUUCGGUAUCUCCGAAUACGCGAUACUAUCACGACUAGCUUUUUCCUAUCUGAAAAUAUUUAAAAAAAAUCUGAAAAUACAAAUAUUAACAUUGUUGACACGUCCGUCUUUUACAUGCUUGACAUUCAGUAAGAUAAUCAUGAUUCCAGGACAUCAAAUUCCUCCUUUUUUUUAAGAGGAGCCAGACAAGCUGAUUUGCCUGUUUUUAUGAUAGAUGUUACUCUGUUGCGGACGCUGUGAACUCAGUGUACAGUCUAAAGAUUAAUAACUAUAUUUUUUAGUUUGAUUAGAUUUCUUUGUUUUCCUUAAAAAAAAAAAAGAAAAAAAAAUUAUUUGCAAAAAUGAGCAAAAACAUUAAAAAAGUAAAAUGUGUAAUCUUGUAUGAUCUUGUUCUAACAUUCUACAAAGAGUAAUGGAAAAAGUAACAUAUCGUUAUUUUUUAAGUAACAAUGCCAAUAAGCUACUUUUUAGAAUUAGUUACCAUUACUAAUGACGAUAAUUACUUUUAAAAAGCAACUUUCCCAACCACGAUUCCAUAUUAUGCGUAAAUAUUUACAAUAUCGUACAUUUAUGUAUAAGAAACCACAAGUUUCAAUAUACGCUUAUAUGUAUCUCUUUGAGAUCACUAGAUAUCUCCUCAUCUUUGUCCAAAAAUCUAAAUAAAAUGAUCUCGAGACGAUCAUGUAGAAGAUAACAAGAUAUAUCACAAAAAUAUGAACGUUUGUCUUUCAAUAAGGCUAGAAUGCUAGUAUUAUUCACGAAAAUCGUUACCCGUUCAUGCAUACUAGCGCGUAAUAACGCUGAUGUUAUAUAACGAAUUAGAUAACUUUAUUAAUCAUAUCACGUCGCUUUUCGCCAAAUCGGACGAAAGAUCGUUCUUUCGCGAUUCACUGAAAGAUAUACAGCAUUGUCUCACAGGCCGUUUGUACAUCCCUCUCACACGUGGAUACUUGAAUCUCUGUGAAGAUUACCAAGCUGAGCCUCAAAUAAAAUGUCGUUCAAUAAU